AAUAAUAUCUGUAACACCUUUUACAACAUAAUUCUCAUCUUCCUAAAAUGUGCGACAGUUUAAGAAAAUGAAUAGGCCUAAAAGCUUCCUAUGUGCUAUAAUGGAAGCACCCUGGCUUUGUUAUUGAGGUAAACGCAGACUACUGAGUGACUACACAAAUUUUCUACGCUUCAAUUACAAUCAUAAAAUGCCAUGACUUCCUUUACUGAUUUCAAUUUCACAACAUUAUGUUGGAGGAGGCGCUGGACAUUCUGCUUGCUACACACAUCUCCCCUGCAGACUCCUCAACAUAUCUUCAAUUAUUGCAGACCUGCAUUCUCAAGAAUGCGCUUUCACAAGGGAAAAUGGUCCACUCUUUCAUCGCUCACAGGCGAUUUGCAUUUGCUACACGCGCAGCUUUUCAGAAUAAGCUUAUUUCCAUGUAUGCCAAGUGCGGGAGUUUGGUUUAUGCUCGUAAAGUGUUUGACCAUAUGAAAGAGCGAGACAGCUUCUCAUGGAAUUCGAUAAUUGCAGCAUAUCGAAGAUUUGGGUUUCCUCACGAGGCAGUCACAUUGUCUCACCAAAUGCAACGAACAGGUCUCCAGCCUGAUCAGUUCACAUUUGCUAGCGUACUUCCAGCCUGUGCCAAAAUGGGAGCUCUAGAACAGGGUAUGAACAUCCAUCAAAGCAUAACGGAUGGAGAAUUUUUGUCAGAUGUUGUAGUUGCAAAUGCCCUGGUAGAUAUGUAUGCAAAAUGUGGAAAAGUAGACAAGGCAAGUGAACUGUUUGACAGAAUACCUCAAAGAAAUGUCAUCUCAUGGAAUGCAAUGAUUGUAGGAUAUGUACAAAACGGGCGUGUUGAAAAAGCUUUAGAAAAUUUUAAGCAAAUGCAAUUGACAGGUGUAAAGGCAAGCUCCACAACCUUAGCCAGCAUCCUACCAGCCUGUGGCAAAAUAGGAGUUUUGGAACAGGGUAUGAACAUCCAUCAAAGUAUAACAGAAGGGGGAUUUUUGGCAGAUGUUGUUGUAGCAAGUGCCCUGAUAGACAUGUAUGCAAAAUGUGGAAGCAUGGAUAAAGCAUGUGAAGUAUUUGACAGAAUGUCUCAAAGAAAUGUUGUCUCAUGGAAUGCCAUGAUUGUAGGUUAUGCAAAAAACGGAUUUGCUGAAAAGGCUUUAGAAACUUUCAAGCAAAUGCAAUUGGCAGGUGUAAAUCCAAAUUCCACAACCAUUGCCAGCAUCCUCCCACCCUGUGCCAAAAUGGGAGCUUUGGAACAGGGCAUUGACAUCCAUCAACGCAUAGUGGAAGGAGGAUUUUUGUCAGAUAUUGUAGUUGCAAGUGCCCUGGUAGACAUGUAUGCAAAAUGCGGAAGCAUAGAAAAGGCAUGUCAAUUGUUUGAAAAAAUGCCUAAAAGAAAUGUGGUCUCAUGGAAUACCAUGAUUGUAGGAUAUGCACAAAAUGGAUUUGUUGAAAAGGCUUUAGAAACUUUUAAGCAAAUGCAAUUGGUCCGUGUAAAACCAAAUUCCACAACCUUUGCCAGCAUCUUUCCAGCCUGUGCCAAAAUGGGAGCUUUGGAACAUGGUAUGGACAUCCAUCAUAACAUGAUGGAAGGAAGAUUUUUGUCAGAUGUUGUAGUUGCAAAUUCCCUUGUAUAUAUGUAUGCAAAAUGUGGAAGCAUAGACAAGGCACGUGAACUGUUUGACACAAUGCCUAAAAGGAACGUGGUCUCAUGGGAUGUUAUGAUUGCAGGAUAUGCACAAAAUGGAUUUUUCAAGGAUGCUCUCAUGACCUUUGAAUUAAUGAAGGACUCUGGAACAUCUCCUGACACUGGAAGCUUUGCUUGUGCUCUAUUUGCAUGUAGCCAUGCAGGUUUAGUGGACCAGGGCUGUACAUAUUUCAAUCAUUUGAGGAACUUUAAUUGCAUUACACCUACAAUUGAUCACUAUGUGUGCAUGGUCGACCUUCUUGCCCGUGCUGGAUAUCUUGAGGACACCCUAAACUUUAUCAUUAAGAUGCCAGUUAAACCUGUGGUGGUUGUAUGGCUGUGUUUUCUUGGUGCAUGUAGAUCACAUAUGAAUGUAGGCUUAGGGGUAUUUACAGCGGUGCUGCUUUUGGAUUUAGAUUCAAAAAAUGCUGCGACUUAUGUUCUUCUCUCAAACAUCUAUGCAGUAGUGGGCAGGUGGAGUGAGGUACAAAUGGUAAGGAGAUUAAUGAAUGAUAGAGGAAUCAGAAAGAUUCCUGGAUGUAGUUGGAUUGAAGACCAUAAAAUGGUACAUACUUUUUGUAUAGGAGACAGAUCACAUCCACAGACACCAGAAAUCCAUGCAAAGUUGGAAGAAUUAGCUUGGGAGAUGAAGGCAGCAGGGUAUUUUCCAGAUUCAAGACAUUCACUUAAUGAUUUGGAAGAUGAGGAAAAAGAAUUAUUUCUCUGCCAUCAUAGUGAAAAGUUGGCAAUUGCAUUUGGUUUGUUAAACAUGCCUCUGGGAACAACUAUUAGAGUUGUUAAGAACCUUCGAGUAUGUGUUGAUUGUCACACUGCAACAAAAUUCAUCUCCAAGAUUGCUGCAAGAGAAAUAGUCGUGCGAGAUGCAAAUCGCUUCCAUCAUUUUAGACAGGGACAAUGUUCUUGCGGAGAUUAUUGGUGAUGCUAAAUGCAGCAAUCUGAAGAUAGCGUUGCACUAUAAUAAUAUUCAUCAUGCCAGACCUGCAGCAAUAAUGAAGGGACAAGGAGGCCUACAAAUGUAUGUAAUGAAAAGCUGCAGGAGGUGGAGGAUAUUGGGAAGAAAAUAAAAGGUGUGGAAUACAUCAAAUAAAUGGAAAGAUGCUUGAUUAGUAGGAAAUGAGGGAGGAGGGUUCACAAUCAACCUUUGUCAUUUUGUAUGUUUUUUUGUUUAAUUAAUUGUAUUAUAAAUUUUUAU